UUAAAGUCGUUUAAAAAAAUUAAAAUAUAAUAUAUAAGGUUUCUUCAUUUAUUUAAUUUAAAGUCAUUUUAAAAAAUUCAAAAUAUAACAUAUAAGAAAAAAAUCUAAUUUUUUAUUACAUGGUUAAUGUGAUUUUUUUAAUUUUUUUAAUAAUAUAAAAUUUAAAAAAAUGAAGAAGGAUGCAAAAAUUGUUAUAAAAUCUCUAUUAUUCAUAUUCAGUGAUUGCCAUAUAUAUAUUAAUCAUAUUAGAUAAUUUUGUAGCUUUUAUUUAAGGAAAGAAAACACGCUUCUUAUAUUUUUUUGUUAAUAUAAUGUUUCCUAGUAAUUGGAUUUGGACCAACAUUUUUCUCAAUUGAUUCUUAAGUUGUCACGUAAGCUAAAUUGUCAUCAUAAUUAAAUGACACAAAAGCAGAGUCUCUUUUUAAUUAAUACAAACUUAAGGUUACAACUUUUUAAAUGAUUCUCAAUUAGUAUAUAGGGGAUAUAUAUAUAUAUAUAUAUAUAUAUAUAUAUAUAUAUAUAACAUUUUUAUAUUUUUAUUUGAAAAUUUUAUCCUUUGAUUUUCCAGUAUUAAAUUUAAGAAAAUUUAUAUGUCAUAUAAAAUACUAGUAGAGAAAUAAUGUUAAUGAGGAAGAAAUACUUUUGUAAACCAAUUAUAUUGGUUUAAUGGUUGAUAUCUGAUAACUCCCUCGUUUGAUUUGAUUUCAAAUGGAAACAAAUCUGAUUUUAUUUAAAAGUUGUCAUUUUGUUUUAACUUUGAUUUAUAACCGACCCGGUUUACUGAUAACUAUUAUUUAUUUCAAAAUAUAGUUUCCAUUUGUGUUUUGCAUCAAUAACUACAUAUAAGCUAUUUUCAAUGAAUUUCAUUAGAUGAAUCAAAUAUUCUAGAGGAAUUAUAAAAUUUUGAGAUUUCAUUGUUAUUUGUUUAUGAAUUUUUAAAAUCUGAGUAGAAUUUAUUGUUAUUGGAGUGAAGAAUUUUAAAUUCCAAUCAAAAUCUUUUAUUAUUAGAAAAGUGUAGUUUUCAUUGAUAUUAAGAUUCUAUUAAAGUCUAUUAGUAUUGAGAUGUAAUUUUUUUUUUACUUAUAAGACUCAAUUUUGAGAAUAUCUUCUAUAUCCAUAAUUUUUUUUAAAAUCUAUGUAAUAAAAUAAAUUCACAUACAAAAACACACAAAAUUGAAGAACGAAAUAAUACAAAUCACAACUUUAUUACUACAAUCCCAUUUUCAUGCAAACAGUUUGAAGUAUUUGGAUUUUUUCUAAAAAAAGAAAAAGAGAAAUAACAAAUAUGUGUGUUGUCCCAAGAUUGAAGGGUUCUCCUGAUUUUACUCUAAUGCAAACCAUAUCUUGCAUCAUUUGUUUUCCAUCUCUCUAUUGACAAUCUUUCUUUUCCUUAUUUUCCCCGGAUUUUCCGUUUUGUUGAACCGCUGCUGCAACUAUGAUUCUCAACAUUUGUUUGCUCUUGAAUAGUAAAACCUUGUUGCGUUUGUUUCUAUAGAAUUUGCCAACUUCUUCACCAAAUUCACAAUCUUUUUUGGGGUUUAGAAAAACCCCUUUUGGUUUCUUGCCGCAAAAACUUAGAUUUGCAUUCAUCUCGAUUAAUCUGUCCAAGUGAUAGAGAGAUCUUUGAUGCUUGGUGCAAGGUCAUGUUUUAAAUCAUUGUAGAGUAGUAGGAUAUUUGCGUGCGUAAACCAAGGCAGAGUUAUUAUUAUUAUGGGCUGCAUUUGCUCGAAAGGAGCAGCAGAGGAAGCAGACGAUCUUUCAUCUCAUCGUCAUCAGAAAGGAAAAGAGUAUUGGAACAAAUCUUCCUCGGUGCAACUGAUUGCUCCUCUGCCUUCAAGUAAAGAUGAUUUCUCGCACAAAGCGGUAGAUGGAAGCUCUGGUGGUGGACGAAGAGCGAGCGGUUUGAUUGUUCCUAUAGAUGAUAGUCACGAGGGUAAAACAACGAUCAUAGAGAGACCUUCGAGGUCUCAUCGAGGAAGAAGAGUUUCAGACAAUGGCAAAGGAGGAGGAUUGAUUAUUUCGAAAGUACCUCGUAGCGCAGAAGCAGAUCUUAUUGCAGCUGGAUGGCCUUAUUGGUUAACCUCUGUUGCAGGGGAAGCCAUAAAAGGUUGGGUUCCUCGCCGUGCAGAUUCCUUUGAGAAGCUUGACAAAAUAGGUCAAGGGACUUAUAGUAUUGUGUAUAAGGCUCGGGAUCUUGAGACGGGCCAAAUAGUGGCGAUGAAGAAGGUGCGGUUUGCUAACAUGGAUCCGGAAAGUGUGAGGUUUAUGGCUAGAGAAAUCAACAUUUUGCGCAAACUAGAUCAUCCAAAUGUUAUGAAGCUUAAGUGUCUUGUCACUUCAAAGCUAUCAGGUAGCUUGCAUCUUGUUUUUGAUUACAUGGAGCAUGAUCUUUCAGGUCUCGCCCUUAGGCCUGGUGUCAAAUUCACCGAGCCACAGAUCAAGUGUUUUAUGAAACAACUUCUUUGUGGACUUGAGCAUUGUCAUAGCCGCGGAAUUCUUCACCGUGACAUCAAGGGUUCGAACCUUUUGGUGAACAAUGAUGGUGUUCUCAAGAUUGGAGAUUUUGGUCUAGCCAGUUUUUAUAAUCCGGAUCUUGAACAGCCGCUCACUAGCCGUGUAGUCACAUUGUGGUAUAGAGCACCUGAGCUUCUACUGGGAUCUACAGACUAUGGACCAGGCAUUGAUCUCUGGAGCGUUGGUUGCAUUCUAGCAGAACUCUUUGUAGGUAAACCAAUCAUGCCAGGAAGAACUGAGGUGGAGCAAAUGCAUAAGAUCUUUAAGCUGUGCGGUUCACCAUCCGAAGACUUUUGGGAAACAACAAAGUUCCCACAGGCGACAAGUUACAGACCGCAACAUCCUUAUAAGCGUGUCCUACUAGAAACGUUCAAGAACUUACCAUCUUCUUCUCUAGCUCUACUUGAUAGGCUUUUAUCUGUAGAACCAGAGAAAAGAUGCUCAGCUUCUUCUACUCUAUUGAGUGAGUUCUUUACAACCGAGCCACUCCCUUGUCACAUCUCAAGUUUGCCCAAGUAUCCUCCAAGCAAGGAACUUGAUGCAAAGAAGCGCAAUGAAGAAGCAAAAAGGAAGAAAGCAGAAGCGGUGAAGUGGCGUGGACACGAAUCUGCGAGAAGAGGUGGAAGAGACUCCAAGGUAACACCGGAGUUCAUGGCUUCAGGGCACUCUAAUGUCUCAAUCAACACCCCAUAUGGGUUCAAGAAAGAGAAUGGAAGAGGAAAGCUCUUUUCUGCUUCAAGUUCAGUGAUCCAUCCAAGCUUAACCGCAACAUUGAAUAAGAAUAAAAGCUCUAGGAUCAGUGUAGGAGAGGUGAGAGCUAAUCGUUCCAACAAUGUGCCUGUUAUAACAGGGGGCUACUCAUCUAGCUCUUCGCAAAAGGAAAGUGUACCAUCACGAGAACCCACAACGAGAUAUAUGCGAAAGAAGAACAGAAUGCACUGUUCGGGUCCGUUGAUGCCUCCUGGUGGCAACAUUGAAGACAUGAUGAAAGAUCACGAGAGACGAAUCCAAGAAGCUGUACGCAAGUCCCGCCUUGAGAAAUCUGUAACAAAGAAAUCUGUCAAAGCAUGUGCUUAAGCAAUGAAACAAGAUAGAAAUUGAUGAUACACGAACUAGAUGAUUUCAUAACUUUGAGUCACAGACUGCCUCCCAAGUUCUAUUAUGGCAAACCUAUGUUUCAUGCCCUGCUCUCUCUAUCUCAGCUAUUUCUUUUGGUUAGGGAAGCAAACAGAUGUGCAUAUUAAGAACUACUCCUUUAGUAAGUCAAUUUAUAGAUAGAAGUUAUACAUUUGGCUUAAUAGAGAAUAUAUAUAUAUAUAAAAAGCCUUAGUUCUCUUAGAAACUAGGCAUCAAUUUCAAAACUAGUACAUAUCCAGCUUGGGUAUCCGGCCCAGCUCUGAGUAUUGACCGCCCAUUAACUGCAAAUCUCUUGCCACAAGUUUUCUGGUGAAGCUCCGCCAUAUUAAAUCGGAGCUGCAAGCGGCAACAUGCCAGUAAUCUGAUUCGAUCUUUUCUCUAAGCUGAUGUAGCUGCCAACCGGCAUUACCAACAAAGAAUCUGAAGUCCUGUGGCUUAAGAAUUCCCUUUUACAAGUACUGCAGCUUCAUCCAAAGUGUUCCGAGCACCAAAGUUUAGUCCCGGCAUGACUUCUUCAAACCCAUGUAUCUUGGUUUUCAACAGGAAUAAAGCCGUGCGAACGUUUUGGGUUGCCCGAAACCAAUCCUAUAAAUUUCUUCGAUAAAAGUAAUAAUACAAAUUACUAGAGAAAAUAAAUAUAUAUAAAAAAACUAAUAAACAAAAUGAUAAUUAUAUAAUAUUUUUUAUUUUUAUUUUAAAACAGUUAUUGUAAAGUUUUUACUAUUAAAUUUUAUAAAUAUUUUUAGAUAAAGUGAUGAAAUUACUUAAUUUUUAUGCCAUGAUCAAACAAAUAUAAAAUUUUAUCAACUUUACAUUUUUGAAAAUAUUUUAAUAAUGCAUUAAAAACUAUAACCACCAACCAAUCUAAUUACUCUAAUUCUUUAAUAAUUAACAAUUUCUAUAUUUUUGUUACUUAGGAAACCAUGUUUUCAUUAAAUUUCCAUUUUUUUUAAUUCUAACUAUCAGAUUUCUUUGUUUUUAUAAUUAUAUUAUGCCUUUAAUUUGUUAAUAAUAAAUGAUGUCUUUGAUUUGUAAUUUUUUUUCCUGUCCAAUUGUUUUUUUUUGCCAUUGAGGCACGGCACUGAAGAGGCCCACCAAAGUACAAGGAAUCUUCUGAAAACGUGGUAGCGAACUCGGUUUUAGUUGAUUUAUGUGCUUGAUGUUUUUGUAGAAGGAACGACUGAUUAAAACUCUAUAUGGCCCUUUCUAGUGGGUGGUUUGUUCCUGUUCUAAGAAAAAGCACAACGGUUCUCGCAACUGCUCUAUAACCGUCUAGCUUCUCAGUGGGAACUAGAACACAGCCAGUAUCGGGAAAAGGAAUCCGAUGUGCCGAUUUCAGGACCCUUGGUUUAGAUUCCUGAGAUGAUUUUCAACCCUCAGCUUCUGCCUUUUCUAUAGAUUAUGGAAAGUGAUAAUCUUAUUAGAACCUUUGUACAAUACUUAUACAAGUAGAGAGUAGCUAGGGUUUAAGAGAAGAAUAAUUACAUAGAGAUCCUUAACUAUCUAUAUUCGCAUAUAUAUCCAAUACGCCCCCUCAAGAUGGAGGGGAUGUUGUCACUCCAAUCUCGCUGCAAGCUAGAUGAAUAUGAUUCCUCGGGAGUGGUUUCAUUAGUGCAUCUGCGAGUUGAUCUCUAGUGGAAACAUGUGCAACUCGUAACUGUCCAGCCUGUAUCAUGUUACGCCUGAAGUGGUAGUCUAAGGCGAUAUGUUUCGUAGACCGGAUAUUCAAAGGAAUAUUUGACUGAGUGAAACACCGGGUUUGCGCACAGAUACGCGGCUCCAAUAUUGUCACAAUAUAUGACUGGUGCUAUAGGAAGAUCAAUGCACAUAUUGGAGAGCAAGGAGCAUAGCCAGGCUACCUCUGAAGCUGUAUUUGCAACCGCUCUAUAUUCUGCUCCCGUUGAUGAACGAGCAACUCCUUUCUGCUUCUUAGAAGAUUACGAAACUUGGUUUCUUUCUAGGUAGAUGAUGAAGGAAUUUGUUGAGAUGUAAGAAGAAGCCAUGACUGCGAGUGCCAGCCAGAUAUCGUAAUACACGUUUUGCUGCUUGCCAAUGCUCCAUAAUCGGCUGAUGCAUGAACUGUGAUAGACGUGUAACAACAUAAGAGAGGUCAGGUCUGGUGAAGGCCAAAUACUGGAGGCUACCAAGAAGAGAACGAUAAGGGGCAUCAUCAGGUAGAAGGUUUCGACCAGCAAGCGUCAGUUUCAGUGAAGUUGGCAAUGGCGUGGAGACUACCUUGGCAUCUCCCAUGUUAUGUUUACUGAGUAUAUCAUUGACAUACUUCCUCUGCAUUAGAUGAAGUCCUUGAGGUGUCCUGAUCGCUUCGAUUUCCAAGUAGUGGAUAUCAACCGGAUCUUUUAUAAAGAAUCUUUCAGCAAAGGAUUUUAUGACUUGUUGAACAACAACUGAGUCACUGCAAGUUACCAGUAUGUCAUCGACUUAUACAAGAACAUAUGUGACAGUGUGACCAUGAGUGUGAACGAAGAGAGAUGCGUCAGCGGAUGAGUUGAUGAAGCCAAUCGUGAGAAGAUGAUGUUUGAGUGAGAGAUACCAAGAGCGUGGAGCUUGUUUUAGACCACAUAUUGGCUUCUGGAAGCGACAGAGGUGGUUGGGACGAUAUUUAUCAAUAAAACCAGGUGGCUGCAUCAUGUAAACAACCUCAGUUAGAUCAUCUUGGAGGAAGGCAUUAUUGAUGUCUAACUGUUUCAGAGUCCAUGACUUUGUCACUGCUAUUUCAAUGACAAGUCUGAUGGUGGUCUGAUGGUGGUAGACAUAAUGACUUGACUGAAUGUUUCAGAGUAGUCAACUCCAUAUCUUUGUGUGUAUCCCUUGGCUACUAGUCUGCCUUUGCAUCGCUCUUCCUUGCCAUUUGCGAGGUACUUCGUUGUAAAAAUCCAUUUGCACCCAAUUAAAUUCUGGUCUGGUGAAGGUGGUUCCAAAUCCCACGUAUAAUUGACAAUAUGUGCAUUGAACUCUGCUAUUGCUGCUUCUCGCCAUUCUUUUUCUUUCAUUUCUUGAAUAAUUAUAGUUGGCUCUGAGGAGUGUUGCUUUUGUCCUGCAAAGUGAAGAGUUAAUUUCUGCACCGGUUUUAAUAUUAUUUUUGGCUCUUGUUUUCAUUUUGUGGUGGUUAUGGAACUGGAUUUUGUGGUUCACUUGGUUGUACAGACGUGGAUGAUUGGGUUUGGGAUGUAUUUUCAAGUUGUGUUUACUGAGCUAUGGCUUGCAACUCAUUUUGUUCUUGAGCAGUGGGCUCAUGGGAAGAGACGGUUGGCUGAAUCAUGGGUUGUGAUUCAUUUUGAGAAAGAGCAGUGGGCUCUGAGGAGGAAGAAGAUGAUGUAGUUUGAGAGUUGGAAGGUAAUACAUGAGGAUUUGGCGGAGGAGGAGAAGUGUGGUGAAGGUUCUUAGGCAAGGGUCCCAUAGAUGGCUGUGGCAUGACCGGGAUUGUUGUAGCUGCAGGGGGUUUGAGUAUUAGGUGUGGUUGGGGUCUGUGGAUCACAUACUCUUGAUUUGGCUUGGAACGGGAACUCUGUCUCAAAAAAUGGACAUGUCUUGACGUAUAAAUACGGUUAGUAUCAGGUUCAAGACAGAAGUAAGCAAUCUGAGUAGCAGAAUAUCCAAGAAAUACACAUCGCUGUGAUUUCUCCUGAACCUUAUGAGCAUUGUAUGGCCUUAACCAAGGGAAGCAUAAUCACCCAAACACUCUCAGGUUCUCAUAGUUCGGUAUUACUCCAAACAGUAUCUGAAACAGAGAUCGCAUCGAGAGAGUUAGUGUGGGAACCGAAAUUCGCACUGUCGAUUUCCGUUUAAAUAAGGAAACUAAGAAAACCCUAGUUUCCCAGAGGACCCAGAUAUCUGUUAAUUACCACACGUCAAGCAAUCAGAACACGAGAAUAACAACGAUAAAAAUAAGAAAUCGAAA